AUGUAUAUUUUUCUUUCUGCUUUUUCUCUUUCCUCGUUUCAUUUUACAUUGCCUCCAGUUGCAUCCAUACUUUAUGAUCUGCUGUUUCUCUCUUUGGAUUCUUAUCUAACUUCUAUUUUCACGUUUUUAUCAUUUUCUAUCGUGUUCUACGUCUUUCUUCUCUUUUUUUCUUUUAAAUUUCUCUUCCUAUCUCACAUAUUUUUUUUCUAUUUUCCUCUAUUUAAGUAUCCCCUCUCUCUAUAUAUAAUUCUCUCUCUCUCUCUCUCUCUCUCUCUCUCUCUCUCUCUCACGCACACAUACAAACACAUACUUCUUUUUUUAAUGUUUGUCCUUAUUCCCACUUUUAUUUCCUUCUCCCUUACCCGAGUAGAUCGAAAGUUUUGCUUUCCGGCAAUGAGACUCGCGUUCAAUUCUCGCAAUCGCCGGUACUACCUUUAUUCCCACUUUUAUAUUCUUCUCACUUUUCGUGUAGUUCGAAAGUUAGCUUACGGCAAUGAGACUCGGGUUUUAUUCACGCCAUCGUCGGUACCGUCCUUAUUCCCACUUUUAUUUUCUUCUCGCUUUACCGUGUAG